AUGGAAGAAUCUACAUUUCAUCUAUUUUUUGAAUGUGAUUACGCAAAGAAAAUUUGGAGCUUACCAUCAAUGGCUACACAGGGAGUCUCUCUAAACUUAAUCAAUGCUAAGACUUUUUUAGAACAUUAUAAUGAUUGGCAGGCAGGUAAGCUAGACCCAAUUUCUAUGGAUCUAGCAGCCACAAAGUGCUGGUUCAUAUGGAAAGAACGCUGUUUAAGAGUGUUUGAAAACAAAACUAGAACUGCUGAGCAAUUGGCAAUAGCUAUAUCAAGACAUUUUGUUUAUUGGCAUCCGGAUAACAGACACAAUAAUAAUAGACUGCACAAGACUGAACAUUCUAUGAAUAUUUUUUGGCAGCUUCCACCUGAACAUACUCUGAAACUAAAUUGUGAUGCUUCUUGGAUUUCUGAAAUCACUAAUGCUGGUGUUGGUUUUGUAAUUCGCAAUUCAACAUGCACCUUUACAACAUCAGAAUAUGGAUAUUGCAGGACCCUCUCAGCCGAAGAGACAGAAGCUGUAGCUCUGCUAAGAGCAACGCAAUGGGCCAACAGACACAAUAUUCAGAACUUGAUGAUAGAAGGUGAUAAUCAAGCUACAAUAUCGUAUCUGCAAGGAAAGACAAACUCGUAUGUAGAUAAAAGAGCCAACAAGGUGGCAGACUUGUUAGCAAAGGAAGGGAGAAGAUCAAACUCUACAGCUUUUUGGACAAAUCAACCUCCUAGUUUUUUAUUUCCUGCAAUUACUUUUGACACUGUCAAAGCUUAUGAUGUAUGUGCUACAAACAAUGUUUCUGUUGUAUCCUUUUCUGCCGGAAUUAAUCAACCAAAUUCAGUCAUUGGACGAGCGACUCAUCGCGAGUUAGUCUCAGAAGAAUCUGAAUUGGCAGAUUAA